CAUUGCUGGGCACAAAGGAGAGACAGAUGAGCUGGCCUACAUCUCAACCAAAGAGUACUGGUUUGAUGGGCGGGAGAAGUCCGUGGUGUGCACCGUGUCGUCAGAUGGCUCCGUGUGUGCCUGGGAUCUGCAAGAGGGCACGGAGAUCUGUCGAGCCCUCUACAGCCUGCAGCUCUGGUGAAUUUGGUGACUUACCCUCGGCUGCAACUGGUUGUCACCGUGGACGAGCGGGGACUGAUCAAAGUAUGGAAAGCAGAGAACGGGUGUGAGCAAGCCUCCUGCCUGCCUACAUACUGUGACUUUCCAGAAGGCCCCCUCCUGCUGGUAUGCAAUCCAUAUGGAAUUGAUUUUUAUGUAUGGUAUGAGGGUUUCACAGAUGUGAUUUCAGGAUGGAGUUGGAAAAGUGAGAGUCCACUACUGCAGAAGAAACAAAAGGACAGAUUCCUCUUCAGUGUACUGAAGGAGAGUGAUGAUGACAACUGCUUUUCUUGCUGAACUUGAGAAAAUAAUAAAAAUAAAGAGGUGAAGAACAGGUUAGUGAGCUGAUUUCUCAUCGGAAACCAUGGAGGCCAGAUGCAGUAGUAUUGCAGGAAAAUGGGGCAUAAGAGGAUGGUCAGGUCUCAGUUUCCCAGAUAUGCUGAGAUUGUGCACUUAACACUACCUGAUGGCACGAAGAGGAGUGGGCAAGCUCUAGAAGUUAGUGGUUCCAAAGCAGUGGUUCAGGUAUUUGAAGGGACUUCAGGUAUAGAUGCCAAGAAGACAUCCUGUGAGUUUACUGGGGAUAUUCUCUGAACGCCAGUGUCUGAGGAUAUGCUUGGUCGGGUAUUCAAUGGCUCAGGAAAACCCAUCGACAAAGGUUCUGUUGUACUGGCUGAAGACUUCCUUGAUAUCAUGGGCCAGCCAAUCAAUCCUCAGUGUCGAAUCUAUGCAGAGGAGAUGAUUCAGACCGGCAUUUCGGCCAUAGAUGGCAUGAACAGUAUUGCUAGGGGGCAGAAAAUUCCUAUCUUCUCUGCUGCUGGCUUACCGCACAAUGAGAUUGCAGCUCAAAUCUGUCGCCAGGCUGGUUUGGUAAAAAAAUCCAAAGAUGUAGUGGACUACAGUGAGGAAAAUUUUGCGAUUGUAUUUGCUGCUAUGGGUGUAAACAUGGAAACUGCCCGGUUCUUCAAACCUGACUUUGAAGAAAAUGGCUCAAUGGACAACGUCUGCCUCUUUUUGAACUUGGCUAACGACCCAACUAUUGAGCGAAUUAUCACUCCUCGCUUGGCUCUAACCACGGCCGACUUCCUGGCCUAUCGGUGUGAGAAACAUGUAUUGGUUAUCCUAACAGACAUGAAUUCUCAUGCUGAAGCACUUCGAGAGGUUUCAGCAGCCAGGGAAGAGGUUCCUGGUCGACGAGGUUUCCCAGGUUACAUGUAUACAGAUUUAGCCACAAUAUAUGAACGCACUGGUAGAGUGGAAGGUAGAAAUGGCUCUAUUACUCAAAUUCCUAUUCUCACCAUGCCUAACGAUGAUAUCACUCACCCCAUCCCUGACUUGACUGGAUAUAUUACAGAGGGGCAGAUCUAUGUGGACAGACAGCUACACAACAGACAGAUUUACCCGCCUAUUAAUGUGCUGCCCUCGUUGUCUCGGUGAAUGAAGUCUGCUACUGGAGAAGGUAUGACCAGAAAGGAUCACGCCGAUGCAUCUAACCAGCUGUAUGCAUGCUAUGCUAUUGGUAAGGAUGUGCAGGCCAUGAAAGUCGUAGUUGGAGAAGAAGCCCUUACCUCAGAUGAUGUGCUUUACUUGGAAUUUCUGCAGAAGUUUGAGAGGAACUUCAUUGCUCAGGGUCCUUACGAAAACCGCACUGUCUAUGAACUGGACAUUGGCUGGCAACUGCUCCGAAUCUUCCCCAAAGAAAUGCUGAAGAGAAUCCCUCAGAGCACCUUGAGCGAAUUCUACCCUCGAGACUCUGCAAAGCAUUAG